AAAACCAUGAAACUUAAAAAAUGAACUUCAUCCUCGACCUCUUGCUUCUUUAGCACCCUCACGCCACUGCAUUCAAUGCCUCCGCCUCCUCCAUGCCUCCACCUCUGCCUCCUCCGCAUCUGCUCCUCCUCAUCAGUUUGGAGGUGCACCUGAAUGAGAUUAUUAACGUUGCAACAAAACCGCACGUUAUUAGAAAGAGUGCGUGGAGCCAGAAAAGCCAUUUAACACGAAUUGAUCAUUAUCGCACACGUGAUUCUUUACCGCAAUAUCAAAUUGGUCUACCGUCCAGAUGAAGCAUUACCUUCCCAUCAAAGGCAUCAACGCCGUGCAUUUACCUGCUCAGGUGUAACAGUAAUCCUAUAUUUGACCGUCAUUUCACUUCGCUUCAAAAAAACGUAUCUUCACUCAAAAUGGAUGAUCACAUGGCCUCUGAAAACCCUAGAAAAGAAGAAUUGGGAAAAGAAGAGAGACAAAACCCUAAAAAUGGAGGAGGAAAAGAAGAGAGGGACUGGUCUGAGAUGCCAUGUGACCUCCUGGUUAGGGUUUUUCAGUUGCUAGAAACGCAGGAUGUGUUCUAUAAAGCUCAGAGGGUUUGCUCCUCAUGGCGAAAGGCCACCUUCGACUCUUCUCUGUGGCGAUCGCUCAGCCUCUUGGCGUGGAGCGUCUGGGAGGAGGACCAUGACUGGGACGAGAUGGAGCUCGCAGCGAAGCGCCUGGUCGAUAGGAGUUGCAGCCAGUUAGUGGACUUCUCAGUGCAGAAAUUUGGAACCGAUGCACUCUUGCUACAUGUUGCUGAGAGGGCCCCAAUGUUGAAGAGACUACAUCUUAACCUAUGCUACAAGAUCACUGAGCCUGCCUUCAUGGAAGCCAUUGGAAAAUUCCCUCACCUAGAGGAGCUCAACAUAUCCAACUGCCGCCUCCUCUCUGAGCUAUCUAUCACGGCCGCUGGUUUUAAUUGUCCCCGUCUCUCAUGCCUUUUCGCAAGCUCCCUUGCUUCGUGCUGCCUUGACCUUACCAUCGAGAGCAACGCUGAAGCAGUAGCCAUUGCUUCCUCAAUGCCUAUGCUUAAACACCUUGACAUAUCAGGUAACCCACUAUCAGAUGAGGGCCUGAAACAAAUUCUUGACAAUUGCACUAAGCUUGAGACCCUUGAUUUACGUCGGUGCUUUAAUCUUGCGCUCGGGUCUGAGAUAUUGGAAAGGUGCAUGAGUGGUGGGAUUGCUAGGGUUUGUUACCCUGAGGACUAUGAAGUGGAGAGCUCGUGGUCUUAUGAAGAUGAGUAUCCACCCGAGUUCUUUGAUGAUGUUGAUGGGUCGUAUGAUGGCGAGGAUUACGAAUUCUCAGAUGCAGAGUGGAUGUCGUAUGGGGAUCCUAUGUGGGAAGAUGCCUUCUGAUCUCUCUCUCUCUCUCCAAAUGAGUAUUUAAGUGGGGAGUCAUUAUCACCUUGUCUAUCCAACAGCUGUGUAGCCAGCACCUCACCAGUAGAAUCCAAACUCCAUUGCACAAUAAUUUGGAUCUUGAAAACAUGGAGUUGGCUCACCAGCGUAUGCUAUCUGCAAAUCAGUGCACAAUUGAAUAUCUUGUUUUCUUCUACAACCUUUCAGGUAAGCUCUAGAAUAUCUUGUAUACAAUCUUCUAAAGUGCCAAGCUUGAGUAACUCCUAGUGGGCCAAGCCAUUUUUUAUAGCUUGAUGGAUCAAGUGGAGCAGAGCGGAGCGAACUCUAGCUUGACAGCUCAUUUAUUAAUCAAGCCGAGCUCAAACCCAGGGAAGUGUGCUUUGAGCUGCAAUAGAAUUUGUUUAAUAUGUAUAUAGCUUGUUUCUAUAUGUUGAAUGUGUCUGGUUUAUAUGUAAACCGGAAGGGUACCUAGAUUAUAUAUCAUGUGCUCUCCUUGUUUAGGGCUUUGGGUUUGAGCACAAGCUUUCGUUGAUCAAUUCAAGCUCAAAGUUGGGUGAUUUAAGCUUCAAUCAAGCAGUUUCUGAUUUUCCUAGUUAAAGUUGGAAUCAGACUCACUUGUGGGCUUGGACCGAAUCAUAUUAGAUGAUGUUUUAAAGUAAUGAAAGUGGUUGUUGUAUGAUACAAGGAUCCUUAUCCUUCUUCAAAUA